CAACGAUUGAUAUCGUUUUAUAGGUACUACUUUCCACGCCCAGUAGCCUAGUGGACCAUAACGUCGGAUAACCUCUUCUUCAUAGACAGCUAAAUACGUAUACGUUCAUUGAACACUUCAGGUCAUUCUCAACUGUUAACAGUGGAUGCUAGCAAGCGUCUGUACUAGUAACUCGAACACCACAAACGUUUACAACAUUCAGCAGACUCUUUCAUUCUAUUCGACUUGACGUUGUUGAUUGGUGACUGAAACACAAUUCGGUAAUUUUGUCACAUGAGACACACGUCACUCGCCUAACAAGAAGCCAGUAUACACAAUCAUCUUGACAACAAGAAGCACACUCUAUCAUCGCACACUCGGUUGGUAAUGGCCUCGUUAGAUCAACUCGUCCCUACACAGGCACGGUGUAGAUGCCACUGCAACUGCUGCACGACAUCCAGUGCACGCGGGGAUCGCGCCGAGUCCAAGAAUGGGGUUGAAUUAACCGGCUCGUUCAACGGUUUAACGUUACCCUCUCCCAAUGAUCUGGUUGAGAAGCUAGGCUCUACACCAUCGGGUGAGGGAUGGGUUAAUUGGGGUGUGACAGUCGACAAGAUUGUACCGGCUGUAGUGGCUUUGAAGGUUACCAGCGUGCGUGCUAUUGAUACGAACUCGGCCGGGUGCAGUGUCGCAACAGGCUUUAUUAUUGACAAGGAGAGAGGUAUUCUCUUAACCAACCGGCAUGUGAUAGGGCCAGGACCGUCUGUGUCUGUGGCGACCUUCAGCAACCAUGAAGAGGUUAACGUACGCGCGGUGUACGCAGACCCGGUACAUGAUUUCGGGUUCUUUCAGGUAG